UGACAAGGAAAUAAACCAAGAUUCUUUUAUUCAAGCAGGGGAAUGGCGGCGAAUGUCAUUGCCGGCACUGCUCGUUGGAGAAACGGUCGGAGAAAUCCUGCAAGCAAGUCAAUUUGCAAAAGAAAUAGUGGCAGCAGUUUCCAACAAAACCAAGAAAAUCACCCUAGAAGAUCCAAAAACUCCUGUUACACGCCAGAGAAAACACAGACCUCAGCUUGAAGACACAGAGCUCAGGGCCAGAAGGAAAAAGGAGAAGCAAAACAAAGCACACUCGACUCGACCAGAAUUGAACUCCCCGACACUCCGCCGGGCUCGUUCCCGAAUCAACUUCAAAAUAUCGCCUCCAAAUAAAAGAGAAACCGAGAAAGAAAUUAGUAGAUACUUGGCAAACAGAGUUUCUCCCAGGCAUAAGCCAUGGGCUAAAAAAACUGUUCUAUUUCCCAAUCCUCUGUUUUCUUCCACAAACUCAAUAGAACAGAAAAAGUUUUUCAAGACAAGGUCUCCGGUCAUUGCAAGAAACAAGCAAAACACUCAGACUACUCCACACAAGUUCUUGAUCAAGUCGCCGCCUUCGGCUUCAAAGUUUCAGGUGAAGAUCAAGAGCUCACCAUUGGUGGUUACUCGGUCUCCUCCAGCAAGAGUGACCAGUGUGACGAAGAAGUCCCCGAUAGUGUCGACUGCUUCG